GACGAUGGAGGAAACUCCUCUUUCUCCUACAUUCAGAUCUCGGCGAAGUCCCUUAACUUUCUCUCUCAGACGCAAAACCGCGAUGGGCUUUUCGAAGACUCAACCAACCGAUCCGCCGUCAUUCGAGAAUCUCGCUUCCGAUAUGUUAUCAACCUUCUCGACGCGGUGCCCGAGACCAACGAGGGAUGAAAAGGCUUCCGCGUACAAGGGCGGAGCUACCAAGUCCUGGCUCUCACCCUCCGAUUCGUAGCCGUGUCAGACCCACUGUAGAUAUUAGUCCCAAAAUCCGCUACAAGCGAAGAGAAAGCAGAAGAACCUUCAAGUCUGUGGCCAUCAGAAAAUUCCCUUCCCACGGUGUGAGCUUCGGAGGGUAGACUCCGGGGUUGUAGAAGAAUUACGUAGAGGCAGGGCGAUUCUAAACUUGCGUAUUGCUUUUGGAGGUAAAAUUUCAUUUCAUCUGUUUAGUUUUACGAAUUAUCUUUGUUUAAAAGGGCGAUAUGCAUAUGGAAUUCCUUCUGUGAUGAUGAUUUCAACUUGUUUGGCCUUGGAAAUUAAGUUUGUUCUGACUUCAUGUCUCUGUGAUGGUAACUCGAUGAUUUUGUUAAGAGGCCAAUGGUGGUUAUGAAUUGAAGAUGUUUGAACUCAGUGUUGGUCCAGCAAAUCCAUGGUUUCAAACAUUUUUAUGUGCGUUUCAUUAGUUUUUUCUUGAGUAUUCUGCUAUUAUCUUCUUGCUAAAUACAUGUUAAGGGGGAGAGUGUAAUUUAGUCAUUGUGUAAGUUAGAUUUAGGACUCUGGCUAUGUGGAAGUGGAAAUAAAUAGAACAAGUUGCACUUUAACAGUUAAGUUGGAUGUGAGUUUUAAUUAGUCUAAAGGUUUUCAAAAUGAUCUCUGUUGUCAAAAGUGGCAGUGAUGCUUGGUAGUCAAGUGGCAUUUGAAAUGUGUGACAAGAGCUAAUGUGGUUGAAAUUGAAAUUAUCUUCGGAAAAAAUGGGCAAUUGGGUUAUGAAAACAUAUUUAGAAAUUUUUGAAUUGAUGGUGUAUGGGUAUGUUCUUUGUUUGCAUGAUGGUCUUUAGGUUUAGGACGUGUUCGGUUAAUGUGUUUCAAUAGUAUAAUGGUCCUUUAUACAGAAUUUGUUCUGUCUAAAUCAUUGAAUAAGAUCACCUUUGCAUUUGGAACAGUGGAUGAAAUAGUAAGUAAGGAAAGAGAUUGAAACAAGAUGGUGAUAGAAGUUCCUAAUAAAAGGAGGUGAGAAAUAAAAGAAAGAUCAUUAGUGGAAAUAAUGGUCUGGUUUGGUUUAUAAGAUUGAAUUUGUCUAAGUCACUUUAAUUAAGAUUAAAGCCUUGAGAACAAACUUCUGAUAUUCUU